AUGUAUUUUGACAAUAACAGGAGGAGAAUCAAGGAUCUCACCAGAAUACCCCUGUAUCAAAACCAGUUCACACACUGGUACAGAUGGACGUCGGUGGUCUAUGGGGUUGGCACCUGGACUCUGGUGGGCUCAAUGUUUUACUUCAGCCGGAAAAUGACGAAGCCAUCAGGUGAUGACGUAGAGCAAAAGGAUGUCUCAACAAGUGAAGGACCCAGUGAACUAUCUGAACUCCCAAAAGGGUUUUAUGUGGAAAUGAUUGUCACAUAUGAAGAUUUUGUUCCAAUGAUUGACAAGAUCCUCAACUACUGGAAAUCAUGGACUAGUGGCCCUGGUGCAGAACCAGGAUUGGCUGCUGAAUUCUGA